CCAAAAUUACACUGGUGCAAUUCAAACUUUGAAGUAACAUUGUUUUAGCCAAAUUGCUUACGUCCAAGCCUAUCGUAUGCCGACAUGUUUAAUCCCACACAAAUAUAAAACUCAUUUAAACUACAUCUUCCCACAAACAGGAGCACAUUUACAGAAUUUGGAAGUCUGCAUGUUUUCAUGCUGACUAAUUAUAAAAUUCAAACCCCUUAAAAGAAAACCAUUCCAAAUUGAGAAGUCAGAAUAAGGAAAAGCUCACUCCAUUUAAUCUCCACCAUGGAAGACUCACCAUACGGUUCGAGAAGGCGAGAUGAGCCGGAGUUCAACCUGAGAGCGUGGGCUGUGAAGGCCAGAAUCAGCCGCGAAAACCCGAAGUCUAGAAGGUUUUCGGCUUCUUACAUUCGAAGCUUCAGAGAGGACACAAGUUCUUUCAGAUCAAACAUUACAAUCUCCAGCACUGCUUCUUCCCCUGGCUAUAACUUAAGAGAUGAAAUCGACCCGGCAACGUACUCAUUCACCACAGCCCUCAAAGCAUUGCAGGCAAGGUCCGCUCAUCACAGUUGGGAAACGUCAUCACCGGAAGGGUUUGCUUUGAAUUCAAAGUGGAACGAAGCAGAGAAAUACAUAUGCAACCCUCUAUCAGGGCAGGUUCCAAUGGAGUGUUUAUCUGCAAAAACACUUAGCGGAAGAUCGUUUCGAAACGUAACGAAUCGAAUCACAAUGUCUGCACCUCUUGUUUACUCUUCCCACUCAAGACCAAUCCAUACAACCAACAUUGCCAAGCCUUUUUCUAAUCCUACAAAAGAAGAUUUGGCUCGUCAAUUUCCAAUUCCAGGGAAGCAAAUAGAUGGAACGAGAGAUGUGGGAACUCAAAGCACUCCUCCUGAUUUGAGUUCAAGUAGUUGUCCUAGCUCUACUUCAACCCCUCCGAUCGUAGUGAGAUCGUCAAAUCGAUUUCGAGGAGGAGAUUCGUCUAAAACAAGUGCAAAAUCAAAAUCUGAUGAAGAGGGUUUGUGAUCAUUAACUUGUACAUGUUGUGAUGGAGAUUGUCAUUUGAUGGUGUCUAAGAAGGAAGAGGAUUCGCUUCAGACCUUAGUGUUCGGAGCCUUCUUAUCAAGGCAUCAUGCUGAUUGGUGUGCAAGUCAAAUCAAGACCGUUUGUUGUGUGUGGUGGGCCAAAAAAAUGAAUUAAUGAAGACUGUUGAAUUCAAUUUCUUCGACCCAGAUGAUUUAAUGAGGAGGCUUCGAACAUUAAGGUUCGGAGUGGAUUCUCUUCCAUUUAAGACCAUGUGAUUUACCAUGGUGACUGAUGGUUGCAGAAAGUGACACUAGUCUACUCUAGCUAUUCACCUAACACUACACUUCAUUUGAAAUUGUUAGUCUCCAUCUAGCCCCUAGCAACCAUGAUAUAUUCUCGUAUCUCUAUGUCAAUUAUUACGUAAUAUAACUGAUGAGUGAGAUGGAUA